AUGGAACGUUUGGAACGUGAUCAUGCAAUGGAGUUUUUGCAAGGCCUUCACGACAGAUUCUCCAACCUCCGCAGCCAGAUAUUGACUAUGGAACCAUUCCCCAUUGCUUUGAGGAUUUUCAAUCUCGUCCAGCAGGAAGAAAAACAGCAGCACAUCACUGUUAAUCCGAUGCCUACUGUCGACUCGGCUGCACUUAACACCAACCGACACUUUCCUUCUUCAUCUCGUCCUCCCGCUAGUCAGAACAAGCGCCAAAGACCUCAUUGCGAUUUUUGCAACAAGCAUGGUCAUGUCCGAGACAAGUGCUAUAAGCUGCAUGGAUUUCCUACUCCAACCAACAACCUGCCAGUCGCUGCUGCUACAGCCAUGCCACCUGAUUCGACUGCCAUUCAACCAGCCAUUCCAUCUUUGUCUGCUGAUCAGUAUGCUCGUCUCCUAGUACUUAUCACUCCUCUAGCUGAAUCUGCACAGAUGAAGCAUCGUGCAAAUUUCGCAGGUACAAUUUUAAUUGCAUCCUUUCUUGAUCCAUGGUUCGUAGAUAGUGGUGCUACACACCAUAUUUGCAAUUCCUUACAGUUUUUCACUUCUUAUAAGCCUGUCAAUUCAUUAAUUCAAAUGCAAUUACCGGAUGGAUCAUUCUCCGUGGUUAAGCACAUUGGUGAAGUGGAUUUCUCACCUACGCUUAAGCUUUCAAAUGGCCGAGUCACGCAGAAAGUGAUUGAUCAGGCUAAUUUCAUCUCUGGAUUGUAUCACCUUCAAAUCCAUCAACAACAGCAAGUUUCGCAUAAGUCUGACAAUGGGACUGAAUUUCUGUCCCGUGAUAUACAGAAUUGGUUUGCUGAUAGGGGUAUUCAUCACCAACGCAUUUUUGUGUCUAUUCCUCAACAAAAAGGAGUAGUUGAACGAAAACAUCGUCACUUGCUUAAUAUGGCUAGAGCUUUACGGUUUCAGGCAAAUUUUCCCAUUACUUACUGGGGAGAAUGCAUUUUAACGGCAGCUUAUUUGAUUAAUAAAAUGCCUACUCCAAUUCUUUCUCACAAAACUCCUCAUGAAAUUCUAUUAGGUAAGUCACCAAAUUAUCGACAUCUGCGAGUAUUUGGUUGUUUGUGUUUUGCUAGGAAUACAAACAUUUCAUCUAAAUUUGAUCCCAGGGCAAUUCCUGGUGUGUUUCUAGGUUAUCCCUAUAAUCACAAAGGGUACAUCAUUCUCAACCUUGAAACUCAGACCACUUUUGUUUCUCGUGACUUGGUCUUCCAUAAGCAUCGUUUCUCAUUCAAGGAUGCCAAACUUCAAAAUACGGAUUUUCUGCAAUCUUCUUUGCAGAAGGAAGCUUAUAUUGAUGACUCUCCAGCUUCCAUGCAUGUUACAGUUACACAAGAUUCUAUAAAAUAUUCUUCUACGCCUAUUCAAAUUCCUUACGAUCAUCAACAGGAAGCUUCUGUAUCAAUUCGGAAAACUAUUGCUGAUACGCCAACACCAGCAGUUUCUUCCAGCUCAGGUACGUCUCCCAUAACAUCUUCUACUGAUGUGGACAGUCCUGUCACCACUGUUCACUCGGAAUCAGAACCAUCAGUCCGUCGUUCAACUAGAGAAUGUCGUCGCCCAUCCCAUUUGCAGGAUUACAUUUGCUCGGUUCAGCAACGUACAUCCAAUUCGCCUUAUCCUCUUACUAAUUACAUCUCUUUUGAUAAAUUUACUCCGUGA